GAAGACGAAGAACUAAUUUUGUGGGGUUUGGUUAUGAAAUAAAUAAAUAUGCGUAUAUUCAGUUAUUUAGCAAAAAAAGUUGGAGAUUUGACCGUAAAAUACUCUAACCUACCUGAGUCAUACAUUAAACGCAGCUAUGAGCAGGUCUACUGGAAAAAUCCAACUGGAUAUCCACAAUACCCAAAAGCACAAGUAGCUCGGAAGAAGUUUAGAUUCACGACUAACAGACCCUGGACUGGUCAGUUUCGGCAACAAAAUGAAAGGGGGACUCAUAGAAAGAAGGUGUUUUUGGAACCUGUGGGAGAAUGGAGCUUUUUUAAGGGUGACCGAGUGGAGAUACUUGUGGGGAAAGACAAGGGGAAGCAGGGGAUUGUGACGCAGGUGAUACAGGAGCGCAAUUGGGUCAUUGUGGAGGGCCUCAACACUCAUCUCAGAGUGGUUGGCAAAGACAAGGAUUUCCCAGGGGUGACAGUGCAGUCAGAAGCUCCACUACUUGUGACUUCUGAUGUCAAGCUUGUAGACCCGGAGACAUUGAAGGCGACUGACAUUGAGUGGAGGUUCACAGAAGAAGGGGAAAAGGUUCGGGUUUCAAAGGCCAGUAGUCGUAUAAUUCCAUUGCCGAAGUCAGCUGAGGAAACCGUGGACUACAAGAGCAGAGAAUUGUAUGUUGAAAAUAUGGAGAAAGACACAACAGCAGAUGUAGCUAAUAAGAUCACAUUUUCCCCUAAACUGCAGACUUUUGAAAUGGAUAUAAUGGAAUCUAUGGGUAUCAAGGAAGACAGAACACCGGCCAAGUCCUAUUGGUACUAAAAUGUGUGCAAAUUAAUAAUUAUAGUCAAUAGUAAAUGUUUUAUUUA